AGCUGGCGGAAAUCAGGAAGCUCGAGCCCGCCGCGCUUUGGGUUGGCUGCGUGCGUGGCGUACGAGCUCAGCCAAUCAGAGUAAGCCAGGUCACACGGAUGACCAGGAAGAGAAGAUGGCUGCGAGAAAUGGAAAGAAUGGUCUGCUACAAAAAUGGAGGAUUGAUGAAAAACCUGUCAAGAUUGACAAAUGGGAUGGUGCAGCUGUGAAGAAUUCUCUUGAUGAUGCAGCUAAGAAGGUACUCAUCGAGAAGUAUGGUUACGUUGAGAAUUUCAACCUCGUAGAUGGACGUCUUUUCAUUUGUACAAUCUCCUGCCUUUUUGCCAUUGUAGCCUUAAUUUGGGACUAUCUGCACCCAUUCCCAGAGUCCAAACCUGUACUAGCAUGCUGUGUUGUGUCAUAUUUCAUAAUGAUGGGCAUCCUAACUUUGUAUACCUCUUACAAAGAGAAAAACAUCUUUCUUGUGGCCGUCCAAAAAGACCCAACUGGCAUGGACCCGGAUCACCUCUGGCAGCUUUCAUCAAGUCUUAAAAGGUUUGACGAUAAGUACACCCUGAAAGCAACCUUUAAAGAUGGAAAAACCAAGCAGUCUAGGACAACCGAGUUCACAAAGUCAGUCGGUGUGUUUUUUGAUGGAAACGGAACAUUGGUGAUGGACCAAUAUGAAAGGUGUGUGUCAAAGCUUCAUGACAUGUUGGCAGUGGAGAAGAAGAUUAAGUAAACUUGAGCAGAAACUCUGUGUACCAGCAUUAACCCAGCAAUUGGGUUUGGGGGGAGGGGUUUAGGGAGUUGACUCUUUCACUGGGAAAGAGUGUGUUGUUAAUAUCCCUCUAAUGUUAGCCUACAUUGAAGAAAGUUGUAUAAAGUUUGUCCUGCUUUAACUGUUUUCAUUUGGCAUCACAAUAUUUGUACCUAAAGGUUCAAUGUCUUGGUUUAACAUUCUGUGUGAAUGUAAACUUUCUCUAUGAUUCCUUGUGACACUGGCCUGAUCCUCAUGAUGGAGAACACGAGUGGUUAACAAAAUAUUAAAUAUCUUUCAUAAGCAGCA